UCCAACAGAUCAGUGCAUGCGGCUGCCUACAGGAACACAUCCCCACGCUCUCCUCCGUGAGUCCUCCACACGCAUCUUCUGUCUCUCCUGACUCCAGGCAUCUGUGUGUGUCUGCUGUAUGGUGACCGUCUCUCUGAGGUGGCUUUGAUGUUUGGAGAAUCCAGCGCUGGAAGAGACGAGGAGGAACAUCAUGUGUUGGGCAAGAGAUGGAUUUCUCUAAGAGCAGCGUAUGAUCUAUUAUGGAUUUCAAUACUUCGUCUGUAUUUGAGCAAAACAAAGAAGUUGCUGAGGAUGUCGAUCUAAAUGUGGUGUACCAGGCAGCGGCAAACGGUGAUGUCAACACGCUCACAGCCAUGAUACGAGAGGACCCUUCCAUCCUCGAGUACUGCGAUGGUGAAGGCUCCACGCCUCUGAUGCACGCUGUGUCCGGGAGACAGGUGGAUACGGUGAAACUGCUGCUGAAGAUGGGCGCUUCCAUCAAUACACAGGACGCUUGUGGACGGACGUCUCUCUCGCUCGCAACAUACCUGGGCUGGCUGGAAGGCUGUGUGUGUUUGCUUCGGAACGGAGCCAGGCAGAACAUUCCCGACAAAAACGGACGCUUGCCCAUCCAUGCAGCUACUGCCGAAACUGACUUCAGACUAAUGGCUGUGCUACUUCAACAGUCAACACUGUGUGAAAUCAAUCACCAAGACAAUGAGGGAAUGACAGCUCUACACUGGGCAUCCUUUCACAACCGACCAGAGCAUGUCAGGGCCCUGCUACAGAAGGGAGCCGACCCCACACUCGUGGACAAAGACUUUAAGACUGCUCUUCACUGGGCUGUGCAGAGUGGCAGCCGAUUCAUGUGUUCCCUCAUCCUCGACCAUCAUAUGGGCUCCUCCGUCAUCAAUUACGACGAUGAAAAUGGGAAGACCUGCGUCCAUAUUGCUGCAGCAGCAGGUUUCAGUGACAUCAUCUGUGAACUAGCCCGCAUUCCUGAGACAAACCUGCAGGCUCUGGACGUGGAUGAACGGACCCCUCUUCACUGGGCCGCCGCGGCGGGUAAAGACGAGUGCGUACAGGUUUUGUUGGAGAUGGGGGUUGAGUCCAGUCCUCGAGACAUUAAUGAGAACACGCCACUCACAUACGCCAUGUACUGUGGUCAUACCGCCUGCAUCAAACUCCUCUCUGCUCAAAGCAGGUCCGAAUGUAGUGGGCCGGUUCACGCUCCAAACAACGACCCCUCUUUACGGAAAGAGGGAAAAUUUCGCAUGCUGAACCAGAUCUUCUGCAAGAAGAAGAAAGAACUUUCCCAGCAGAUUGACUUGAGUGAAGAUUGUCAGCUCAGUGAGGAGACGUCUGAAGUAGAUGACAUCAUAACGAUGUUCGAUAGUGUCGCUGAACCGUUAACCCGAAAUGAGAAUGAAAAAAACUUGGUUGUUAGAAAACCAAACAAUAAUGAGUCUAUGAAAGUCCAGCUGGUUGAGGACAUGUCCUGCAAGGACUUCAAGAGUCUCCCACCCAUACGCACACAGAGUCUUCCACCCAUCACUCUAGGCAAAUCCUUGCUGGUAAACUCGCAGCCUUUGACCCACAGAAACGCCUCAGGUCACAUGGUAGGACAUUUAGCUCACAGGUCACAGAAGAGCAAGAGUGAGCACAACCUGUUUGAUGGUAAAAGUAAGAGUCAGAAAGGUCUCGGACCAGCAUGGAAGAUGGAGUCAAAUCACAUAUUGAGUCACAAAGCGUGGGUUUCGGGACCAUCUGAACGCCUACCUGACAGACUGUUGCAUGAAACUUCUAGUCCUCUGGAUGUGCUGUGUUCAAAACAAACACCAUACAUUCAAAGAAAUGAUCAAGCUCAAAAUCAUCUCUUUCCCAUGAGAGUUCGAGAAUCCACCCUUACACGUAACAGUCUUGCUCCCAUCCGUGACCACUGCACUCACAGGUUUUCCUUGCCACCAGACCAGGUCUCGCAGGGAGUAAAGAAGUCCAAAUCAUCGCUGGGAAAGAGUCUGGCUGGACUCCCCCCACCGUUCACAUCCAAAAUGAACAGGGCCGGCAUUCCCCACAGCCAGUCACUCGGAUCCGUUCCGACUCCUCUGAGUCUAGAACCUUUACGGAACAUUCAGGUUCUGCCUGCCAUACCUCCCCAGAGAAAACGCAGUCCAUCUCCUCUCACAUCUCAGAGGCAUGAGAGCAAUGCUGACAGCACAUCCUGAUGGACAACUGCCCACUGAUUUUUUUCUACAUUUUAACACUGUUCAGGUUUUUGUGGAUCUUUGGUGGUGGUGGGGAGGAAGAGAGCAUGACGAUGCGAAAGUAUUCAUUUGAUAAAACCAAGUCUGUACAGAAAGCUAUUUUUUCAUACAGCUUGAUAUUUCUG